CGUAGAGGAAGGUCGCGUCACCUGGUCAGUGCGCGCCACACCUGCCUUGCGUCGUUGUGUCCACACCUGGCCGACACAGCCGUCCCCAACACUCAGAGUGUGGACCGACCCGUGUUCGGAUACCCCCGGUCACCUUGGAUUACUUCAAGAAUUUGGAUUUGUCAGUGUUUACCAAACUUAGUGAGAGAAUUAUCGUGGUGUUCAGUGAAGUGAUCUGAUCGUCUCUGUGUUCGUGCAAAUUGAAAAUGUAACCUUGCAGUUGCAGAUAUGAGCUAUGAAUAGUAUAUUAGAGUUGGAGGGAGGGAGCAAGUGUAGAGGAGGGUGGAGCAUGACGCCUGUGGUGGCUUAUGAGCGAGGGGCGUCCCACCUGGACCUGCACCCCAGGGAGCCCCUGCAGGAUUACUUUAGGCCCUCCCGUAACGCCUCCCACUACGAAGGUCAUGUAUCACCCCGCCGUAGGAGCUACCAGGACGAAUCUUCUAAUUACUUCGUCAGGACGGGGAGGUCGUCUGCCCGCUCCCAUGACCCUCCCCGGAGGGCCAAGUCCUCCGUCGCCUUGAGGCCCUCAGAGUUUUUGCGAGCUCGGGACUUUCGCGAGACUCUGAACUCUUGUGGACGUGAAGGAGACGACUCAUGGGCGUGGGAACCCUUCAGUGUCAGGGAGGCCCUGGAAGGCCCCCAUGUGCCCUUCAGGUUCUGCCCGUCCCUCGCCGCCUGCCACAUCCCCCGCGCCUCCGUCAGGAUAUCCCGAAAGUCAUCAUCCAGGUACACUAUUGUAUUUGACUUCCACGCACUAAAACCAACUAUUGCAUUUGACUUCCACGCACUAAAACCAACUAUUGCAUUUGCCUUCCACGAAAUAAAACCAACUAUUGCAUUUGACUUCCACGCACUAAAACCAACUAUUGCAUUUGACUUCCACGCACUAAAACCAACUAUUGCAUUUGCCUUCCACGCAGUAAAACCAGCUUUUGAAUUUGACUUCCACGAAAUAACACCAGCUAUUGUAAUUGACUUCCACGCAGUAAAACCAUCCAGUACAUGA